CAAACGUACGGUCGUGCUGCGUCCGUGUCCAUGUCGCUUCGCCAGUAAUUUCGAGUUGGUCGGUGUUCGAAACGUUCGUUGCUUCAAUUGUUUCAUUUGGGCUUCUCGCGCGACUUCAAAUCCUCGCCCUUCGUUGCCAAGUAGCCGUCAGGAUAAAGGCUUCGCAUUUUUAGAAUCGACCACAUUUGCGAAAGUCGAAUUUUGCGAGGUGAUUCAGCAGCGUCCGUUGUCUCGGCUCGGCGGAACUCAAAUAUAAAAUCAACUUGUGUUUGAGGACUAUUGGAAUCGCUCGAAAUGGAGAGCACAGCGAUCUACAGCACAUUGAUGCUGGCAUUACUGCUCAGUGCCAGCGUAACGGCCACACCCACACCCACACCCACAUCCACGCCUAGUGCCUCACCUGCCUAUGAAUGUCCCAGCAACUGCACCUGUAAUCUAGCCCGCAACACACACAAGCCCCUGCUCCAUGCCAAAUGCAAUAGCACAGAGGGUCUGCGAGCAUUACAGGCACCACUUCAGACCACAUUGCCGAUACAUUCCAUCGAUCUGUCGUAUCUGGAACUCACGCGACUCUCUCACGCACUGACCAACCUUCCGAAUCUGACCUCAGUGGACCUUUCGCACAACGAGCUGCACGAGAUCGGGCAUCUGAGCAAGCGCAUCAAGAAACUGAAUCUUAAACACAAUCGUCUAACGUCGUCCAAGCUGGUCAAGUUACCGCAGCAUCUGCAGGUCCUAAACCUGCAGCAUAAUGCCAUUACGAAUCUGCCGUUGGAGCUGACGCAUCUGCACCACUUGAUGCAGCUCGAGCUCAGUCACAACUCGAUCAACUGCUCCUGCGAGACGCUGGAGGUGCGCAACUGGCUGCAAGAACGCCAUGUCUACAUGGAACAUGCCGUAGUCUGCAGCUAUCCGGUGGCGGCGCGCGGCAAGCCUUGGCUCCAGAUCAAGCAGUCGGACGUUUGCGCGAAGGAGCGGCGCGGCUGGUACACGCCGGACGUUGAUGAAAACGAGCUGAUGAUGGGCGACCAGCCAGUGGCUGAGUCAGGAGAGCAUGAGGCCCAGGACGAGCAGGAACUUGGUAAGGACUUUCUCCCCGUUGACGACAAGGGAGCGGUGAAAUCGAGUGAACAGCAUGCAGCCAGCGAUGUGGAGGGUUCAGGCGAUCUCAGUCACACAAAUAUGGAAAUCAACUUAGCCGAGCAGGAGCCCAUAGCUACGACGCAAUCGCCAGUAACUGAGCUGGAAAAUGAGGACGAGGACAACGAUGAGGGCUCAGGCAGCGGUGGAGGCACCCUGAUCAUUCCACACUUGAUAUCCGACCCAGUGGACGCAGAUGACUUCGAUCAUGACGACACCAACAACAACGAUAACAACGACGAUGAGUUCGACAACAAUCCGGUUGAGGAUCCAGGCUCGCCAUCGCCAAACAUUUUCCAGCACAUGGGCAUUUUUGAGGGCGCCAAGGAUACGGAGCCGAAACCUGUCAGCGAAGAGCCCAUCGUGCCCAUCGUACACAAACAGUUAGACACUGGCGCGCCAACGGAUGUGAUCACAGACGGCCCACUCGAUGUGAACAGCAACGAGUCGGAGGACAUAUUGACGGCCAACGUGUCCAGAAAGGACGACACCAAUGCUACUUAUUUCCUACUCGCCGUCAUCGCACUCAUUGUGCUUGGCUUGAUACUCUUUGUGGCCAUCAAACGCUGCAAAUACAACAACAGCCAAGCAGCCCGCGACGCGGAGGCCCAGCGCCAAACAGAGCUGCUGGACAUGGACAAAAAGAAUCUGGGCAAGCCGGUGACGCGCAACGGCCACGAGCACUCACCGCUCAUUGCGGAGAAGACGAAACUGGACGAAGCACAAAUCGUCAAGAAGCCCUACAACGGCAGCGAUGCGAAGGACGGUGCUGGACAGCAGCCGCUCCUGAAUGGCAAUGGAUCAGCAAAUGGUGGUGCCAAGGAUGUGCCGACCAUUAACGAGCCGGCCGGCGAGUCCGCAGCACACGAAUACUAUCCGAUCACGCCUCGCUACCCGACUCCACAGUCUCCACGUGCCUCCAAGUAUGCGCAGAACCCACAGAGCGGCGAGCAGAACAACAAUGAGCCCGAAGACGCCUACCUGCCCUCGUCGCCAAAGUCUGGCCGAUACUCGCCGGUGUACUCGCCCGAAACUGGUCGCGUUAAGAUCAAGCUGACAGAGACACCCAAGCCGAAGACCCCCAUGCUGGUCACGCGCAGCAAAUCAAAUGCCGGUGACAUUAUUACAACUCCCGUGCGGAAUGGUGACACCUAUCUAGUCACAGAUCCAACACAUCCUGCGGUGCAUCAGCCUGUCGGCCAGCUCAGCCACUAAGCCCAACUCUCCGCGAUCGAUCAGGAGAUCGGUCCACCCAUAUACAAACAACGUGCCAACAAGAAGAGCAACAACAACAAAAAAUCGUACUUUGCUAACAAAUCGAGACACUGCACUACUAAAAACAAAAAUAAAAUAAAUAGCAGCCGUUGAGCUGCAUUAACCAUCUAGGUAUUUGUGAUAGGCUUCAGGCGACUCCAAAACACUUUUUACAUUGACAAGUGAGAGGAAAUACCCAUUCAAUCGAUGAUUUCAGCACGACGACCAACCAUAAUAAACAUGGAAUACAAUUAUGUAAUAUGUGAAAAGGAAAAUAAAACUAUUCUGUUUUAAGCUCAGCACAUAAGCAUAUUAUGACGAGAAACUAGCUCUAAGUAAAUUAAUUAUGUCUAAGCAUAAAUCUAGUUUAAUACCAAAGUUAAAAAAUAUCGCUUUAAUAUUUAAUGUGUAUUACUUCGAACUUCGCAAACAAUAUGUGGGAAUAAAAACUACUCCUACACAGCAGACAUUCAUAUCGUUUCCACAGGCUCUGCAGGAUAUAUAGUAUGUAUACAUAUCUGCAUAUAUGUAUGUAUGUACAUAUAUACACAAUUUCGCGAGUAUAAAAUAUGUAUCUGUAUGCACACAAAGUUCACACACAUGCACACACACAUAUAUAUAGAAAUAAAUGUGUAUAUUUUUACUUUGGAAACUACUUAAGCUGCCCUUUCUUGUGAAAUUAGAUAUUUGUUUUUACAUUGAAAACUAAGCUAUCAAUAAAAAACCCAUCGUAAAAUCUGAAAAAA